AUGUUGAGUAGUCAUUUGCUGUCUCUCCCACACAGCAAUGACACCAAUCUGUUCCUGAACCAUCGCCCUAAUGGAGCGAUCCACAGCGAAGUUCAGGAUGCCCCUUUGGCUCUUAUCACUAAGCCCCGCAGCCAGAGCAGCACUCCCAACAGCAAGCCACUUCUGGCAGCUACCAGCCCUUCCUACCCGAUGCCCAUCAACUUGAGCACUGGCACCAAGGAACCAUCAAGCAGCUCUGCUUCCCCACUUAAAUCUUCAGCCUCAUCAGGGCUUGCUCACGGAGCAAGGAAGACCAAAAUUUCCAAAUCUCUGCAUGCAGGAAAGAGCCUCCCUAAAACCAACCCAUCCUGUCUGCCUGUAGACUUGGUCAGAGGGAGUGAGUCUGAUAUCCACAGCAGCAAGGACUCAGACUCAGACUCUUUAGGAGACGACUUCGAUGAUGAAGAUGAUGAUGAUGAUGAUGAUGAUGAUGAUGAUGAAGACGAUGAAGAUGAUAUUGAGGAUGAAGAUUCUGAGUCAGAGAGCAAUCUGGAGAGCGACUCUGAUGGCUCUGAAGAUGACAUGAAAGAGCGCGGUGAGACAGAAGCAGAUAGUGAUGCAGAAAGGACUCCUCCGAAAGCAGCUCAAGCGAAGUUGUCUACUCACAAGUCCUACUCGAACCUCUCAGCCAACUGCUCCCUGCUUAACCUGCAGAUCAUCAAGCCUCCUAGUUUACCUAAUAAUCUACUCACCCCCACCACACUGACCAGCGCAGGGGCAUUGAGUAACCACAGCACCCCAUCCCCGUCCCUAACAUUUGCCACACUGCCAGGAUCAGGAAGGAGGAGAAGAGUGACAGAUGAGAGAGUUCUACGAUUGCCUCUUGAUUUUGGGUGGCAGAGAGAGACCCGGAUCAGGACUGUGGCAGGUCGUCUGCAAGGGGAGGUGGCUUACUUCGCCCCAUGUGGGAAGAAGCUACGUCAGUAUCCAGAUGUAAUGAAGUACUUACUGCGGAAUGGAAUAACUGAAAUCUCUCGGGAUAACUUCAGCUUUAGUACAAAAAUUAAAGUCGGUGACUUCUAUGAAGCCAGAGAAGGACCAGAGGGUUUACAGUGGUUCUUGCUGGCUGAUGAUGAGAUCACUCCUUGUAUCAUAGCAAUGGAUGGGAGGCGCAGCCGCCGCUUGAAGUCUGAGCACCAGCCUCCUGGUGAUAUCACUGGGGCCCGACAAUUGAAGGCUCAUCCUCUAAAUGUUGGUGAAAAUAACUUUCAAGAUGUCAGUAAUGCCAAGCUGCUACGCAAACUGGAAGCUCAAGAAAUAGCUCGACAGGCGGCUCAGAUCAAAUUGAUGAGAAAACUAGAGAAGCAGGCCAUGGCGCAAGCAGCCAAGGAGGCAAAGAAGCAACAAGCAAUAAUGGCUGCUGAGGAGAGGCGGAAAAAGAGAGAGCAGAUGAAGAUUCUUAAACAGCAAGAGAAGAUCAAGCGCAUUCAGCAAAUUCGUAUGGAGAAAGAACUCCGUGCACAGCAAAUUCUCGAGGCUAAAAGAAAGAAAAAAGAAGAAGCCGCCAAUGCCAGAAUAUUGGAGGCUGAGAAACGAAACAAAGAGAAGGAGAUGCGAAGACUGCAAGCUGUCAUACUGAAGCACCAGGAAUUGGAGAGGCAUAGACUAGAUAUGGUAUGGGAGAGGGAGAGACGCAGGCAGCACAUGAUGCUCAUGAAGGCUGUGGAAACCCGUAAGAAGGCAGAGGAGAAAGAGCGUCUGAAGAAAGAGAAGAAGGAUGAGAAACGGUUAAACAAGGAGAGGAAACUAGAGCUCAGAAGACUGGAACUGGAAAAAGCGAAGGAGCUGAAGAAGCCAAAUGAAGACAUGUGUUUAGCAGAUCAUAAGCGGCUUCCAGAGUUGUCACGUAUCCCUGGUCUGGUCUUACCAGGAAGCACCUUCUCUGACUGCCUGAUGGUGCUGCAGUUUCUGCGCAGCUUUGGAAAGGUCCUGGGAUUAGACAUGAAUUUAAACAUCCUCAACCUAAGUGACCUUCAAGAGGGGUUACUCAACAUCGGAGACAGUAUGGGCAAGGUGCAGGACCUGCUGGUGAGCAUGGUCUCUGCAGCUGUGUGUGAUCCUGGUAUACCUGCAGGUCACAAGAUCAAAACCAGCUUGGGGGACCACUUGACAAAUGUGGAGAUCAACCAAGACAAUGUGUCUGAGAUCCUGCAGAUCUACAUGGAGGGCCAUUGUGAGCAGACAGAGCUGGCUGCUCUGGCCCUUAGCCUCAGGACUAAGGCUUUUCAGGCCCACAGUCCAUCUCAAAAGGCUUCCAUGCUUGCAUUCUUGGUUAAUGAGCUCUGCUGCAGUAAAGCUGUGACCAGUGAGAUCGACAAAAACAUAGAUCACAUGACCUACCUGCGGAAGGAUAAAUGGGUUGUUGAAGGAAAACUUCGCAAACUGAGGAGCAUCCAUGCCAAGAGGACAGGGAAGAGAGACAGCAGUGUGGGAGGAGAGGACAGCCACACCUGUGUCAUCCCCACUGCCAGGAGCAAAUGCAAGCGGAAAGAAGGGGACAGUGAGGAAGAGGACGACGAGGAUGACGACAGUGAGGACCAAGGAGAUGAUGAUGAUGAGGAGGAAGAGGAUUCAGGGGGAAAGAAAGGGAAGAAAGCGGAGAUAUGUGAAGAGGAGGACGACAGUGUACACUCAGCCAGCGUGGAAGAGCUGGAGAAACAGAUUGAGAAAACAUAUAAGCAACAGAGUCAGAUCAGACAGAAGCUGUUUGACUCAUCUCACUCACUGCGCUCCAUGAUGAUUGGACAGGACCGCUACAAGAGGCGUUACUGGGUCCUUCCGCAGUGUGGUGGCGUCUUUGUUGAAGGCGUGGAGAGUGGCGAAGGUUAUGACGAGGUGGAGAAAGAGAAGGAAAGACAGGAGACUGCUCAGGUGGUCAGGAUAAAGGAGGAGCCACUGGAAGAGACAAAGAAGCCACUGGUAUCCAGCCCAGCACAGAGCACAGAUGGUGAUACAGCCACACCAGAGACCCAGCAGGACAAAGACAGUCUCAAUCUCUUCCUCCAGAAACCUGGCUCCCUAUCUAAGCUCAGCAAACUCCUUGAAGUAGCCAAAAUGGUUCGAGAUUCAGACAUCAAUUCUCACAAAAGUCAGAACAGUCAUUCUGCUAAAAUCCCUACCACUGCAUCUUAUCCCUCACAUCCCACCUCUCAGACAGCAAUAUCCCACAGUCCCCCGCCUGCAGCCCCUCACAAGGGGCUCACAGAUAAAACAGAUACUUCAGUGCCAUCUCUUCUCACUGCCCCCCAGCUCAAAAGAAGUCCCUGGAUAACCUGCAGCCCUCAAUCUGUCCUUCAUGAUGACCAGCUCUCCAAGAUACUGAAUGACAAGAGCAACCAAUGGUUUAGUCUCUUGCCUCGCUCUCCUUGUGAUGAGUCUUCGGUCACCUCUGGCUCUAGUCCUCCAGCCUCCUCCUCUUCUCCACAGACCAUAAGCACCAAAUCCCCUUCCUCCCUCUCUCCUAAUCCCCUAGCUACAGCCAGCUACAACGCUCCUGCUGGGAUCAAUAACAUACAAUCACCUGCCCUUCAGCAAGCAAAGUCUGGCAUUCAUCAGAGCAGACUGACACUGUGUGACGUGUCCAGUGCAGCGACAAGUCCCAGCCUGCCCUUCCCUGGCACUUCUCUACCCCCCGUGCUGGAUCUGGCCUCCCAGCAUGCAGAGGGUAAUGGGAACAGGGUCCUCUUCCUGGUGAAUAACAACACUGUCAACAAGAGUGAGACCCUAGAGGCCCUGAGUGACAAGCCCCCUUGUGCCUCAUUCCCUGCUGUGGAGGUGGCCAAGACCCAGGACCACCCUAGACCUCAGCCUAUCCCCGAGGAGAUGCUGCAUGGUUGGUGGCGAGUGUCAGACAUGGAGGAACUGCACAUCCUGGUCAAGGCCCUCCAUGGUCGAGGCAUCAGAGAGAAAGUCUUGCAGAAACAGCUCCAAAAACAUAUGGAGUAUAUGACCCAGUUGUGUGCCAACAGCAAAGAUGCGAUUGAUGUGGCAGAGCUGGAGAAGCAGGAGGUGAGUGAGAAGACGGUGGAGAGUUGGUGUGUUGAGGAGCAGGCCAUGGAGGUGGACAUCAGCCUGCUGCAGCAGGUCGAGGAUCUAGAGAGGAAAGUCAUAUCUGCCAGCCUGCAGAUCAAGGGUUGGAUGCAUCCUGAGCCCCAGUCAGAAAGGGAGGAUCUGGUGUAUCAUGAGCACAAACUCCUCUCUUCUCCAGCUACGGAGAACAAGGUUCAGAGAGAAACCAGCCCUGAAAAACUUCCUGGCACUGUGGUGCGGCGGCCUAACAAUCCCCUUGAUAUAGCUGUAACUAGGCUGGCAGAGCUGGAGAGGAACAUUGAACGAAGGUAGCUAAAGGGAAACCCACUGGUACCUGUGUUUGUAUUAGAAUGUGAUGAGGUUACUGUGUGUAUAUGUGAUUGCAGCGAGGAGGAGGUUGCUCCUGGGAUGAGGUUGUGGCGUAAAGCGCUCGGUGAAGUCCGCAGCUCAGCUCAGCUGUCACUCUGCAUUCAACAGCUGCAGAAAUCCAUUGCCUGGGAACGGUCCAUCAUGAAAGUGCACUGCCACAUCUGUCAAAAGGGGGAUAAUGAAGAACUGCUCUUACUUUGUGAUGGCUGUGACAAAGGCUGCCACACAUACUGCCAUAAACCCAAGAUUACCACAGUACCCGAUGGUGACUGGUUUUGUCCCACUUGUGUUGCAAAGGAAAGUGGUCAUUCCCCCCGGAGCAGGAAGCAACAGAGCCGAACAGCUGGAGGAGGAAAGAAAAGCAGUGAGGUAAAACGAAAUGGUAAGCCAUCUGUGGUAGGAGAGCUCAUCAAAGAGGAGGCUGCCAGCAGCAACAGCGUGCCAAAGAAAGGUACCAAGGAGUUAAAGAAAAGGAAAAGAGACGACAGCCCGACCAGCUCCCAGGCCAAGCAUGACAGCCCUGUCUCCUGUACAAAAAAAGCCAAAAUGGCCAAAGACACAAAUGGGCUGGCGAUGUGCCGAGUGCUGCUGGCUGAGCUAGAGGCCCAUCAGGAUGCCUGGCCCUUUCUCACACCAGUCAACCACAAAGCUGUACCUGGAUACAGGAAAGUAAUCAAGAAGCCCAUGGACUUCUCCACCAUCAGAGAAAAACUCGCCAACAACCAGUACUUAAAUUUGGAGACUUUCAUCAUUGAUGUAAAUCUGGUUUUUGAUAACUGUGAAAAAUUCAAUGAAGAUGAUUCUGAAAUUGGACGGGCUGGACACAACAUGAGGAGAUUCUUUGACAAACGAUGGACUGAACUGCUGAUGUAAAAAAUUUCAAGUGCGGACUUCCUACUCAUCUUUCUACAUAUCAAACUUCUUCUUUGGUGUUGGAGGCCUUCUCUUCACCUAUGACACUAAAUCAGUAUAUGGUUAUAAUCACACUGAUGUGCAUUGUGAAAGGACAAACACUCUUGCUGUAUCUGCUGAGAAAAAAAAAACACUUAAUAAAUUAGUAUCUCCAAGUGCAAUACUGUUUUCUUUAUCAAAAUGCACUGACUUUUGGACUCAAUAUUGUAUUUGGGAAUCAAAGAUUUCCACUGUAGAUAGGUCACUGACUUUUUUUUUUUAUCAUCGGUACAGCAGUAUAGCUUUGUGUAUAUGUGUAUUUAUUUUUCAAGUAUUUAUGUUUCAGUCUUUUCUAAGAACAAGUCGGAAAUCGCACACAGCUUUAACAAAAUCUAAAGAUUGUUUUAUGGACUAUUGAACAAGUUAACCGAAAAAAAAAUGUUUACAGCAUUGUAACUAUAGUGUGCCAGCAGUACUACUGUUCAUCUGCGUUUGUGAGUUAAUUGUGUAAAAUACAAGGAGGCAUCACUGACACAUGUAUAGUGUUCAUUUCUGUCACAGUUUACACGUCUUAUCUCUAAAAUGUAUAGUGUGUACAUACAAAACAGUCUUGUUGGAUAUAUUGUCAAUGCAUAAGGAUGAUUGUAGCAUUUAAUACAGUAUAUGUCUUACACAUUGUCAGUAUGUGUCUUACACAGUGCUGAUUAUCCACUCAAACACUGUGGUCUCCUCAGUAUUGUAGUGCCUGACCUCUGACCUCUGAACACUGUAUGGAGGAGUUUGUUGGUUUUUUAAAAUACUUUCAGUGUGUGUACUGUAUGUGUAUCCUGCACAAUAUACUGUAAGAAACCCUAACACAAAAUGUCAAAUUCUUAAGAGCUUUUCCUCUGAACUGAAUUGAUGUGGUGCAUAGUGUGUUUCAUUUCCAAGCAUUUCCUUCAACCAGAGUCUUGUCAGACAUCCUGUGGUGGACAGAUGUGAAACCUGCACUGGGCUUUAAUCCAGCUGGGAGUCAGACAGAGUCACGGUCCACUGGAGGCAUCUCAAGACAGCUCAAGUCAGAAGACUUGAAGUUGCUGUAUUUUAUUAUGAAUAUUAUGAAAUGAGUAGCAACUUUUGUAGGAAUAUUAUUUUUAAAUAGUGGAUGUGUGGCACGGA